GACUCGCAGGUGUCUGCCGGCUGGCCGCGCGGCUCAGACGACUUCUGCCUCACCGAUUCGCGCUAAGCAGAGACAACAACAAAAAAGCCCCCUCCAGCCCCGCGGACGGUGUCGUGGUCCACUCCCGCGUGGACAUUGUGAAAUGUCCCCGGUGACCGUGGAAAGGACGCUUUGAAGGACUGCAGGGAGGCCUCUUCCAAGGAGACACGCAGUAGGUACGCCUGCGCUGAGCGGCAGCUCUGAGAGCAGUUCAGGGCACGAGCCAAAGGAACACACACCCACCAGCGACGAGCACGGCUGCGUUAUUCACCGGAGCCUCUCCUCUCUCCUCUCUCCUCUGGGCUAGUGCUUGAGACCCCCCGCUCUCCCCACUCCCACCCCCGCUCUACACUUCUUGCUGAGCCAUCAUUACCAUGGAAACCCCGAGCCAGAAACGCACCGGGCGCGGCGCCACCGCCUCGCCGACCCGCAUCACCAGGCUGCAGGAGAAGGAGGACCUGUGCAACCUCAACGACCGGCUGGCGGUCUACAUCGACAAGGUGCGCUCCCUGGAGUCGGAGAACGCCGGGCUGCGGCUGCGCAUCACCGAGUGGGAGUCCUCGACCACCCGCGACGUGUCGGGCGUGAAGGCGGCCUACGAGGCGGAGCUGGCCGACGCCCGCAAGACGCUGGACCAGGUGGCCAAGGAGCGGGCGCGCAUGCAGCUGGAGCUCAGCAAGCUGAAGGAGGAGCACAAGGAGCUGAAAGCCAGGAACGGCAAGAAGGAGUCUGACCUGGAGGCGGCUCUGCUCAGGCUGAGGGACCUGGAGGCCCUGCUGAACUCUAAAGAUGCUUCCCUCUCCACCGCCAUGGGGGAGAAGCGCAGCGUGGAGGCGGAGCUCAAGGAGCUCAAGGCCCAGCUGGCCAAGUUGGAAGGCAGCUUAACCGAUGCCAGGAGGCAGCUGCAGGAUGAGAUGCUGAGGAGAGUGGACGCCGAGAACCGCCUGCAGACCGUGAAGGAGGAGCUGGAGUUCCAGAAGAACAUCUCCAACGAGGAGCUGCGCGAGUCCCGGCGCCGCUUCGAGUCGCACGUGGUGGAGCUGGACGGCGGGCAGCGGCUGGAAUUUGAGAGCAAGCUGGCCGCCGCUCUGGUCGAGAUGAGAGCCCAGCAGGAGGAGCAGGUCCGCCUCUACAAGGAGGAGGUGGAGAAGACCUACAACUCUAAGCUGGAGAACGCUCGUCAUUCGGCGGACAGGAACAGCCACAUGGUGGGAGCCGCUCACGAGGAGCUGCAGCAGACCCGUGUGCGAGUGGAGGGCAUGUCGAGCCAGCUCAGCCUGUUGCAGAAACAGCUGUCAGCCAGCGAGUCCAAGGUGCGGGAGCUGGAGGAGGCUAUGGCGAGGGAGCGGGACAUGAUGCGGCGGCGGCUGGAGGAUAAAGAGCGGGAGAUGGCUGAUAUCAGAGCGCGGCUGCUGCUGCAGCUGGACGAGUACCAGGAGCUGCUGGACAUCAAACUGGCCCUGGACAUGGAGAUUAAUGCGUACAGGAAGCUGCUGGAGGGAGAGGAGGAGAGGCUGAGUCUGUCCCCCAGCCCUACAGCCAAGGUCACAGUGUCCAGGACCUCCGGAUCCAGCCACAGUCUCCUCAGCCGCGCCGUCCACUCCUCCGGCUCGGGUCACAGCCACACCAGCCGCCUGCUCCAAAGCGCCGCCGCCGGCGCCGCAUCCAGCAGCCGCAACUCCUCGGGCACGGCCAGCGCCAAGAAGCGCCGCCGCAACGACAGCGAGACCUCCAGCAUGGUGGGGGGCACUGUGACCAAGACUCGCAUUAGUCAGCAAGCCUCAGCCAGCGGCCGCAUCACGGUGGACGAGGUGGACCUGGAGGGGAAAUUCAUCCGCCUCAGCAACAAGGCCGAUGAGGACCAAUCUCUGGGCAACUGGCAGGUGAAGAGGCAAGUCGGUACCUCUACUCCCAUCGUCUACAAGUUUCCCUCCAAGUUCACUCUGAAGGCCGGAGGAACUGUCACUAUCUGGGCUGCUUCCGGCGGCGGAACCCACAACCCUCCCUCUGACCUGGUGUGGAAGAACCAGAGCUCCUGGGGCACCGGCGACCUCAUGCAGACCUCCCUCAUCAGCGCCAACGGAGAGGAAAUGGCCAUGAGGAAAGUGACACGCACCCUGUUCCAUGACGACGACAAUGACGACAUGGGAGCUCACAGCACGAGUGGCGGAGAGUACAACCUCCGGAGCCGCACGGUGAUCUGCGACUCCUGCGGGCAGACCGCGGAACGCUCGGGCGUCGGCAGCAGCGGGGGGCUCCCCGAGGGCCUCGUGGGACACUCCUCUUUCAUGGGGACCAACGAGCCCAGACAGGGCGGAAUCAAACCGGAGAACUGCUCCAUCAUGUAAAACCCGAACACCUGCAGCCCCCCUGAGGAGAAUCAUCCUUUUCCCUUUUGGGUUGUUUGUCUUUAUUUUUUUACGUUAUCGUAUUGUUUUUUUUGUAUUCUGAUUAAUCUGCAGGUUCGCAUUGCUUUGAGUAAUUGGGGGUAACGGGCCCGGGGUUUUCAUAUUUAGGUUAUAUUAUCGCUUGUGUGCUGUGCUAAUGCUUGUCCGGCUCUUCCUGCGCACAUUCUCUCUCUCUCUCUCACACACAGACAUACACACUGACAUACACACUGACACACACCGCUCCACUGACCAGUGCCUGUGCUUCGAUCCCAGCUGAGGUCUUUGCGUUUAAUGGCGGCGCGGUGGACGCGCCCAGCGAGGGACGCUGUCAGGAACACGUCUCCACAGCCGUAGAAACGGGAACGUUAAUCAUGUUUAUUGUCCAUCAAACUGAUCAAUACUUAAAUCAAGAUGCUGUUCACGUUAAUAAUCUAAAUAUUUUUGUCUGCUAUAUGCUACAGGAAAAAUGCAUAUCAUGUUUUUGUUCUGAUAAACUAUGUAUAAGAAGCCAAAGUAAUAUAAGCUCAGGGUGUUCAGCAGCUUUUUCACCUUAAGCCUUAGACUAACAUUAGGAGGAUUAAAUCAUACUUUUGGGCUGCUACGUUGCGCACAGAAAAAAAUAUUUUAGACAAAUAUAUUUUCUGAUUCACAGCUCUUUAUCAGAGAUUAUUUUCCUACAAACGUUUACGUAAAUACAGGAUUGUUUACCGGAUAAGGUGAAUGUUAUAAAAAUGAUAUAUUCCUAUCUCAGUUUAACCUUUAAACAUGUUGCCUGUUAAGUAACUCCUAAUGUGUUUAGUCAUGAUUGGAGAAGGUUGGAUUUGUGUUCUACAAGGAGAAAUCUGAGAUUCUAAUCUCUACUGGUGCCACAUUACACCAUCGAUUUGUGUUGCUCCUAAAAACUGUGUGUGAUUUAUUUUUGUGGGAUUGUAAUUUUUUUUAAAUUUCAUAUAAAUAUAUUUUGUGCCUUUGGGUUAAUAUGCUGCUUUUAUUAGGGGCCUCUGCACACAUGCACAGCAGGUAGAUUUGUACUGUAGUCUGGCAGCUUAAGUCAUUUAUACUCAAACGCUUAGCAAAGCAUUUACAGAAAAUACGUCAACAUUUUUUUGUAUUCUACUCUGUGCGAUGGUAUUUCUUUCACAUUAGAUUAUUUCAUUUUUGCCCCAAGUAGACUUUGACUCUAUGAUCCCAAAAGUGCCUUAAAAAGUCUAACAAUUGUUAAAGAAAUUACCAGCUCUAAAGAUUUAUAAUUGAAAAUAUUUAGUAUUUAUCUCACAAGAAUGUGAACAUGAGACGUGGUUCCUGCAUGUAAUUGGGAAAUUUAAGCAACGAUUAACUGAAUCAUCCGUAUUAAAGUCUUUAUCAAGGCCGCAGGAAUCUAAAAUUGUUGCUUUUGAGGGAUUUCACAGUAAAUCUUUAAUGCCAAAGUUAUUUGCCUGAUGUAAGAAUUCUAUAAUGAUGAUGCUGUUUGCAUGUAAAAGCCAUUGUGUUGAUUAAAUGAAUGGUUGUUUAUUGUUGCCCUUUCGAAAAUUAAUGCAGAGUAAAAAAAAAUUCUUUCCA